AACAUAAUCUACAGACCAAAAGAAAAAAACAAAUCUGAACAUAAUCUGGUAGCUUCGACCCUAUAUAUUGCGACGCCUCUCGUCUCUUCUCUUCGUUCCUCGUAGCAUAACCCCAAACCAAAGAUAGCUGACAGAGAGAGAGAGAGAGAAUGGAAUCGUUUGAUGAAACUGAAGCAACCCUAAGAGGCCAAGCACACAUAUGGAAGCUCAUGUACGCAUACGCCGACUCGAUGGCGCUGAAAUGCGCGGUCGAGCUGCGAAUACCCGACAUCAUCCAUUCUUACGGCGGCGGGCCGGUCACCCUAGCCCAAAUAGCCUCCCGCAUUCCCUCCCCGUCCCCCGGAACCGCCUACCUGGCGCGCAUCAUGAGACUCCUUGUCCACAAUAACAUCUUCUCCGCUCAUGGUUGCCAACCCGAUGGUGGCCAUGAGACUCAGGAGACACUCUACAGCCUCACCCCAUCGUCGAAAUGGCUCCUCCAGGGGCCUGGGUCCGAGCUCAGCCUUGCACCGUUGGUGCUGAUGGAAAACCACCCAUGGUUAAUGUCCCCAUGGCAUUGCCUCGGCGACUGUGUCAAGACUGGCGGCAUCGCAUUCGAGAUGGCUCAUGGCCGCAAGAUUUGGGACUUCGCAUCGGAGAAUCCCGAGUUCAACCGCUUGUUCAACGAUGGGAUGGCAUGUGUGAGCAAGAUCUUGAUCAAGGCCAUCAUGGAAGGAUAUAAGGACGGCUUUGAGAGCAUUGGAUCUUUGGUCGAUGUCGGAGGGGGGAUCGGGAGGACUCUGGCCGAGAUCAUUAAGUCAUAUCCACACAUUCAGGGGAUUAAUUUUGAUCUGCCUCACGUCAUUGCAACGGCACCGGCGCACAAUGGAGUCACUUAUGUUGGAGGAGACAUGUUUAAGACUAUACCGCAUGCUGAUACAGUUUUCAUGAAGGGGAUAAUGCAUGAUUGGGGGGACGAAGACUGCGUCAAGAUCUUAAAAAAUUGCAGAAAAGCAAUCCCAGAAAAGAAUGGCAAGGUGAUCAUAGCAGAGAUGGUGCUGAAACCAGAGGGCGACGGCAUGCUCCAUGGGACGGGACUAGUGUUGGAUCUGGUCAUGAUGGCGCAUUGCACGGGCGGUAAGGAGAGGGACGAACUCGAGUGGAAGAAGAUCUUGGAGGAGGGAGGGUUUCCUCGCUACAACAUCAUCAAAACCCCUUCCUUGAUAUCCAUCAUUGAAGCCUAUCCACUGUGAUCUGGUCCCGCUAAAAUUAUCUACGUUAAAUAAGUGCGAGUUAUAUGCUCCAUCUAUGAAAUAUUUCGGUAGUUAAGACAAUUGAAUUCAGUCAGAACUCUCGAUCUGAGCUGAGACAAAGUUUAUUGUCCUCUAUCAAUAUGCGUUCUCGUUACUA